UCGCUUAUGAGCUCCGGCGGUUCCCGCUCUGAUGGAGGAGAAGGCAGCGAGGCGCUCCGAACUGAGUCGGCUGGCGGUAUUCUGGGCAGUCUGCACCAGCUGCACCGUCUGGUGGACUCCGGGGAUCCAGGGCUGCAGUGUGAGGCGGCUCUGGGCCUCCUGCGAAGCCUGGGAGAGGAGUGUGUGGUGACGGCGCAGGGGGAGCAGUGUGCUGGAUCUCAAUACUUCAUUGGUCUUCUCUAAAGAGUUUGGCUUGAUCUUGUUUAUACGCAAAUCUCUCAAUGUUGAAGAGUUAAGAGAUUGUCGGGAAGAAGCACUGAAGUUCUUGUACACAUUUCUGGAGAAAAUAGGUCAGAAUGUCCAGCCUUAUGCUGUGGACAUCAAG